AUGAGAGUACCAAACGAAGAUGCAGGAGUUGACAUAACCAAAGAACUGUCGUGGCAAGAAGAGAAGGCCACCUUGAAGGAAAGCAACCACACCGUCGCAAAAGCCUUCGAAGCAGCCAAUACACAGAGCAAUGCUCUCACAGCGCAACUGUCCACUCUGAAGGACACGUUAACGGAGAGUGGCACAGCUACAAAUGCAGCGCAGAUUGAGCGCCUGUGCAAAGUGACUACGGAGAACGAGAAUCUGAAAGCGAAAAUGGCAUCACUCGAAGGAUCGCAAAAAAAUCUGCUACAAGCAAGGGCCAGGAUAGCAGAAUUAACUGACCAGGUAUUUGCGACAGAAAUGGCCCGUCGCAAAUUACACAACCAGGUGCAGGAUCUCAAGGGCAAAAUACGUGUGUGCGUGCGUGUACGGCCGCUGAAGAAUGGCUGUGAAGAUGACCAGCCACCCAUCAACUACAAGGGCGACGGAUAUGGUCUCAGCCUACUCGCACGGGGCAACAGGCAGCCCUUCUCCUUUGACCGUGUCUUCCAACCAAACUCUACACAGGAAGAAGUCUUCGACGAGGUGUCUCAGUUUGUGCAGAGUGCAAUCGACGGCUACAACGUCUGCCUGUUUGCUUAUGGCCAAACAGGCUCAGGCAAGACACACACCAUGCAAGGAGACCUCACAGGCGACGAGAGGGGCAUCAUCAUCCGCUCAGCCGAAAAGGUGCGGUGGUUACUUGGUAGUGCAGCGGUUGCUUGUGGGUGCAAUAGGUUGUUCGAUGUAUAUCACACUUAUGCUGUGAAUGGGUAUUAA